AUGUGUGAAAUAGAGUUGUAUAGAAAAACAAAAAUAGAUAUUCCAUUACUGGCUGCUGGAAUGAUUUUGUGCAUUUUAAGUUGUUUAAUGAUUUCUGUUGGAAUAGCUAGAGUACGUGAAGAUGUUUGGAUAGCAGGAAUUCUUGUAGCUAUUUUUUUUGUGUCAUCAGAACAAACAAUUAUACGGAAGUGUUACCAAAACAUUUCUGAAAGUCCUAAUGAUUCUUUUAUAAUAAUUUUUGAACACUUUUCGUAUUGUUUGUAUGGUUUAUGGGCUUGUAUAAAUUGCGAAUUCAUAUCUGUUGACAAAGUAGACGACAAUAAAACAAAAUCCCAUAUCAACUUAUUUUUGUUAAACGAAAUUAGUUUUGGAUAUAUUUUGGUCUGUCGAAAAAUGAAAAAAGACAAUAAAAGAAGCUAUCAUGUAUAUGGUGGUUAUUGCCAUGACUGUCUAUUCAUCUGUCGUGUAUUUACAAAUGAUAUGAAACGACCGGAAUCGUUUCAACCUAGAAAACGCGGUCCACAACAUCCAGAUGAAGCAUUAAAAGAAAAACUUCGCAGGAAUUCAGUACCUAGAGGUAUCUAUGAUAAUCCGUAUAACCCUGGUUUGUGGCGUCGUACGACAACAUUGACUGCACCAUACACUAGUUAA